UUGGAGUUUGAUCGCGUAGCACGUUGAGGUUUCGCGUGGCUGCUUGAGGCAUCCAACGAUCGGUUUCCGUGAGGCUUGGCGCGAUUCAAUUGAGCGUGUGGUUUCUCGAGUAUCAACUUUGUUUCGGGAAGCGUAAGAAGGGGGAAAAAGCUAACGACUUUGUUCUGUGCUGUUUGUGUUUCGGAGUUGGUCAAUGGUCGGCGUUUUGGGAUACCGGUGGCCGGCCGGACUGCGUUAGGAAACACCUGUUUGGCGCGUCCCGUUUCGCUACUUGACUUGAGAGAGUGGAUUGAAAAAAUGGAAUAGUUUGGAAAAUAGGGGGAGUCUUUAUGACCAAGUGCUGCUACUUGUGUGUUUUUUCCCGUGGAUUGUGUGAAGAAUUUUGAAGCAUUUUUGAGUGUGAUUUUUUUUCUACAUUGUUUUUUUUUUUUUUUGGAAAGGCGUUGGAGUGGAUUUUAGACGAAGAAUUCCAAGUGGCUCUCAGUUGUACCGGUGGAGAUUUUGGAUUAUUCCGUUUUUAACGCCCCCGUUCUAAACACAGAUUCCUGAAGGGAGGGCACGUGCUUUGAGUCUGUCUCAAACAACAGUGUUAGUCUGCCAAACAAUCGGCGGUGUUGGUGCUAAAAGGAAUAUGAUCACGGCGCGACGCCUGUAUGUUUGUACAAAAAUGGAAAGGAAAUACUAGACGUUCCAGCCGCGAAGUUUGAAGGCUUAGCUUAGUAAGCUACAAUAGCUGCGACGUCUCAAAGAUUGAGAAAGGUCGAAAAAAAGGUUUAAGCAUAGACAACCAAAGUGCUGCCUAUCGUUUGCAGUCUGGAGUAUCGGAUUUUUGCUAUAUCUUAGCCAUCCUUGAAGAAUCACAUAAGUGAGGUUUCAACUACAAAACGAGAUAAUUUGAUCCAGCACACUAACUGGGCUCUGGGUGCUGGCGGCGGCUAUGAUGACCAUCUUCUUCUGCCCAUCGAAGACGACGACAGUGGAUCCCCCGGAAGUGGAACAAUUACAGCGAAGGUGAACAGCGAAAAUGAAUGCCUCGUCGGCUUCCACCGCUGCUAUUGUGUCUUCGGUAUCUCAGACGGUGGCCCAGAAUCGUAUAACGGGCAUCACUGGCCAGGGACCUUCAGUUGCACCUGGUCGAGAAAUGCUAGGCCUUGCCAGCUCAUCCCAGUUGGCUGGGGAAGGUUAUUCGAAUUCCAAAGAAUGCUGGCCACUGCCUAGCAACCAUCCCUUGAUGGCUCAUAGGAUGAGUGCUGAAAUUAUAAGUGAUGAUGAUGAUGAUGAGGACGAGGAAGAAGAGGAAGAUCCUUCCCGAAGUGAUGACGAUGAAGAUUCCUGUGGGACGGUCAGUGAUUAUUCGACGGAGGAGAUUCCAGUCUGGAUCAAGGGCGAGCAGCGGUUUAUUUCUGGCGUUACGGAGGACACGACAUGUGCCGAUUUGGUGGAGGCGUUGCUGCAGCAGGAGAAUGUGAUUCCUGUGGGAGUAGCUGGAGGGCCAAGUGCUGUUAAUGAACCUAAAGAUUACUGCAUCACGGAACGCUGGAGACAGGUGGAACAAAUUCUCGACAGUAGAACCAAAAUCCUCCAGAUAUGGUCGGCAUGGGGAAAAGCGCAACCUGAAGUUAAAUUCAUCCUCCGGCGAUUGGACGCCUCGAAUAGAUUGGCGGUGGCUUCGGCUGUUGGCGGAUCAAUCAGCCAACAACAGCCGCCAACUCAACAAACGGCAUCUGGCACCCUCGGCAGCGGACCCACAAUGGUCGGCGGAGUUUUAACGGAACGUGACAAAGACAGUGGCCGGGGAAGCCCAACGGGUAGUAUCAAUAGUGCAAUAGUGCGCCGGAAACGACACCGGGCACACAAAACUUCAUUCGCCUGGAUGACUCACGGAACGACAAUCCACCCGAAAUCGUCCAAAAACUCGAUCGAGCGGCUAAUGAAGCUGAUCCUCGAACAGGGCGACAUCAUUCAGCAGCAGUUGUCUAAGCUUAGGGACCGUGAGCUACAGAUCAACAAAAUUGAAGAGGAUCGUCAUCGCUUAAGAGAACGGGAACACGGUAAAAAUUACUUGCUGGAAACGUACCUUAAGGGGCUUUCGGAAGCCUCGGGAUCUCGAGGAAAAGCUGGAGGAGGAAAGUCUGAGUUAGAUCCACGUACCGAUAGCGCUGGCGGAGGUGACAGUGGGAUCACUUCCGAGGCCACAACCGCAGCUUCGCCGGAAGUGGAAGAGUCCGGGGCCGAAAGGGAUGCCGAAUCUCCACCGACUUCUUCGGAUGAACCGACUGGAGAAAGAUGUGUAAAAGAUCAGAUAAAAAUGUUGGAAAAAAUUGUACUUUUGAAUAAACAAAUUGUCAAGGAAGAGGAAAGUGCGGUGAAGUUGUAUGAUCGCAUCAGAAGGUAUGAAUUGGACAUUCCAAACCAAUCGAAAGAUCAACUGGAGGAUAAUUUGACUAAGGUCAACGGAAGUUUGGAAAAAAGUCAACAAGAGCUUACAAUGAUUGAUGAAACACUGAAGCACUCUGAGCUGGUGCUAAGAGAAAGGACAUGUUUGCUGAAAUGUCUUGAAGACGAGUUGAAUAGCAGUGAGACAAUUCCAGCACUAGCACCGAAUGUGAUAAUGGACUUUUCUCAACCCAAUCCGGUACUCAGCAUAAGUAAUUUGAAUAAGGCAGUUGAUGCUGCUAGUUCACUGGCAGAUCCGAAAGUAUUUCAUCCUCAUCAGAACUAUCCGGUGUUCCCGAUUAGCGAACAGCAGCAAGCACGUUCAGUGGCAUUAUCCGGACAUCAAACGUUACCAAGAAAUCAACGGUUUCCAGUGACCGCUCAAAGUACCGUUCCAACUAUCUCGGUUCAUCAGAUCAACAAAUUCAUUCAAUCCAAUAGCAAAUUGGGUAGCAAUUGCAAUACCAAUCUGGACGAAAAACCUUGCCCCAAACAGUUGUUCAAUUCAGCGCUUCAAUACUACCCCCAAGCAAAUUCAGCCGAUGGAAUUCCCAAUCCGAAACCUCCGGAUGACGAUCUGUCCAAUAUGGGCACUCUAGUUUAAGACGGUGCUUAGCUCAUAGAAUAGGAUCACACUAGACAUUAAGUGGAACGAAAAUCAAAGCUACUUGGAAUCAGUACUUCUUGUAACCAAACAUAUCACCUAAGAGUAGAGUGUAAGAACACAAACAAUUGAGUGGAUAGCAGCUAAGCUCAUAAAAUCGUACACAAUUAGUUUUAAGAGAGAUACAUACAGCGAACAAAAAUAUUGUUAGAUUACAUUUUCUUAUUUUUUGUUUUGCUUAACUAGUCAUAGAAAAAAGAUUUCAUUUUUUCCCUUUUCUAUCAAAACCUUUUGAAAUUUUGCAUAAAUAUUGAAUGAUAUUAUUAAAAGAAUGGCGCUGUCCUGUUUUCUGGUACAUUAUCGAUCGAAAAACCUGAAGUUUGAGAGAUUCCAAUCAUAUUUCACGGUGUCUAUAAUCAUUCAAAGUUUUCCAAUCUAAUAUGAAAGUGGAAAUCCUUUGUUUUUUAUUUCACAAACUUUUUUUCCAUAGAUUCCCAUUAGGCAAUAUUCAUCAAGGUAAUAUACAAAAUUUGUUCUUAUUAAUUACAAAUGCCUUCUGCGUAAUCAUCACCACAUCUUUAAAAUCAAUUUAAUAAAUUAUAAUUGCAUUUUUUUUAAAUCCAAAGUUCUGAAUGAUUCAAUUGUGUUUCUUCUGUCCCUUUUUCCAAUAGACCUUACUUUAGUAGAUCGUUUAGUUGUAUCUAUAUUGUUCGAUUGCUUAUUUAUAUUGCGUUAUUUUCAAGAUUUACACA